AGGCCUGGAAGCAGUGGUGGUUGCGCUUUGCCAGAAGAACAGGUUGGUGAUUUUCACUCCAGUCCACCUUGGGAGAGACGUCUGCCCAGUCCCCCUCAUCUCCUGAGACGCCAAGCCCCUUUCUGAAGAGAAAAAGAAUUGUGAAUAAACUUGCAGGGAGCAGUCGGGAGGAAGAGGCACCUUUGAGGAAGAAAAGGUGUUUGGCUAACAAGGACAGUGCCUCAAUGACUGUUGAUAACAACCCCGAUAGCCCCAUUGCCCCAUCCCCUCAACCUUUAAGUCCAGUAUUGGAGGAAAGAAAGUGUGAAAGCACAGCGUACAGUUGUUUUGUAAAUCUGAUAUCUGACGAUGAGGCAGAUUGGGUGCAAGAUCCUGCUGUACAGCUCAUAAUACAAUCUUUGAACAAGGACAAG